UUAGAGAGAGAAAGGAUACAAAAGAAAGGAUGAGAAGAGUCCACAUUGCAUACACUCCCUUCUCUGUGUUUCCACACUCUUAAAGUACUCAACCAUGGCUUCACUCUCAUGUUCUACUUCUAUCCGAUUAACAAUUAAUUCAAGAACAUCAUCAUGCUCUCAUUCAGCCUCCACUUUGCGAAAUGGGUUUGUGGGCCUUCCCAAAAACAUAAACUUCAAGCCCACCAAAACCGCCAAGCUGGGUCCCAGUAAUGGUAGCAGAGUCAAGUGUUGGUUCAGGUUUAAUGCUGAAACUGCUGGUGUUUAUGGCAGCCAAUCUCGUGAUGAUUUUGAUAGAGAUGAUGUUGAACAGUACUUCAACUACAUGGGAAUGCUUGCUGUGGAGGGUUCAUAUGAUAAGAUGGAAGCUCUUUUGAACCAGGACAUCCACCCGGUGGAUAUCCUAUUGUUGAUGGCUUCUUCAGAGGGUGACAAACCCAAGAUUGAAGAGCUACUGAAGGCCGGAGCUAAUUAUGAUGUAAAAGAUGCCGAUGGAAGAACCGCCCUUGAUAGAGCUAGUGAUGAGAUCAAAGAUUUCAUCCUCAAUUGCAAAUCACAAAAGGCUUAACAUAGUAGCAAAUGCUGUUUAUGCCCUGCCUUGCUUCACCAUCUUCUGUUUCUUUCAUAUAGAUAUUUGAAAUUGUGUUACUGACACAAUACGAUAAUAUGACCUCUUUUUGUACAAGAGACUAGGAAGAUUUUAGCUGCUUUCAUGAACAUACAGGCUGCCUUGCAUAUUUUUUCAUGGCUAUUAUCAGUAUUUGGCUGCAUUUCAGACCA